ACUGGACUACCUGCUGUAUGAAUUAGUACUAGAACCAUCACUUCGUUUUUCAGUAUUCUUGACAUAUAGUGAAUGGAAACAAACCGCAGACGCACAGAAGACCAACAAGAUGAAGCUUGCUUGCGGUCCGAACUGUCAACACCUGCAGCAAAUCGCUAUUCAGGUCACGGGAUACGAGAUACUGGGGCAGCAAGAGGCGGGGGCGAGUGUUAUGACUCAGGAUGUUUUCUGUAAGUAAUGCGUUCUAUAACAUAACAGGUCUUAUGUCGGGGUAUAUGAGUUACCCGACAACAGUAUCUAUCAAGAUUUUCAAGAACAGCACUGCACCUGCAGAUCAUACUUCUAGUAGAUACAACAACUUCUCCCCAGGACAUUAUCGAGAGGCGCGCCCCGGGUAAGAGGCGGAGAAAGAGAACUAUCGCGCGGGGGAGCGAUGGCGCGCUGAUUAUUCUCAUGUGCGUGCUGUUGCCUCUAAAAAUUCCUCCUCUCCAUCCGCCGGCUCACCAGCGUUUCCCAGCAUAGCCAGUCGAGUAACGAGUGCUAUUACGCAGAUACAAAACCGCGUCACUCAAUACGUGGUCUACGAUGUUCGGAUUGAAGCCGAAAGUCUAUCAUGGCAAAAGAGACUGCGCUUCUCCGAUUUCAGUUCGCUUUUUGAGCUGCUGCAGAGCAGGUAAAGUUAAUGUUCCAAAAAUAGUAGAGCAGUGGGGCAGGAGGUGAUGGUGAUUAUAUCAGUUGCUGGUUGUUCCAGUAGAAAUUUACAGCCAGACCAAGAUGAAAGAUCACGACCACAGGUACAACAACCUCCCCGUCGAGCUCUUUCCGAAAAAGACUUUAGUCCGGUCCGUAGAAGCGAGUCAUCUCGAAACCCGAGUUCGCCAGUUGAACGAGUUUUUCCUCGUCAUAUGCCGAAAUCGCUUAGACAUACUGCGGACAUGUGUGGAAUUGUGGGAGCUCUUCGAUUUCCACAUAGAAUGCCCAGAAAUCUUCGGCACUCUGUCGGCAACUAGGAGCAGCAGCAGUAGCGGAGGCUUGAUUGGGAGUUCGCUUUAUGGGAGUAACGCCACUGCGGAUUCGGAUGCAUUAAGGGAAGCCAAUAAUGCAGUUGUUAUGAUUCAUUCCAGAUAAGUUGAAGUAGAGGAGUCAGUAUCCGGGAAGAAAAUUAUGAGGGGCAUCAAGGUGAAGAUGCUAUUCUCUCACUCUCUGUUUCAGUUCUAGUACAACCUCGUAUAAUAAAUUCUCCCAAAGAACCAUCUUAAUGUUUCCUGUUCUAAAUCUGCACCUUCUGCUCGAGACGGUACACCAGGCGCUUUAUACAGGGAAUCCAUACCUCUCGCUGCUGCCCAGUUACAAGAUGCCCACUUUGGAGUGAGGGACUUCUAUCUAGAUCAAACCAGUGAUUUGCUCAUCCUCGCCGCGAAUGACUACUCUUUGCAGUCACGCGUUACAGUGGCUGCUGAAGGCAGCUGGAAGAUGGUCAAAGAGGGCGUCACCAGUCUCUGGAGCCAAGUAUCGUCAGCGUCUGGCGGACUUGGGGGAUUGGGGUCACCAGGAAGCGGAGGGCAGGGACCGGGUUAUGGACUUGAAGAUGUGUUACUAUGUAAUUACUGGCGGGAUUCGGGAAAUAAGCCCUAUAAGGACCAAGAAAUUUGUUUCGCGUCGGUUGAUGUGUUGGUGUAAAAAGAUCCUAUUUUCAAAAUUUAUUUUCUUCCUCUAAUUCUGCUCAGGACCUGUAGCUACGGCAUCCAACAAUCCGAUGUAUGGCAACGCGACUUCUGCCAACAGUAUGGAUGCGAAUCCGUUCACGUCGUCUCUGGGAGCUGUCUUUUCGUCUUCUACACCAGCAUCAUCUUCAAACUGGAGAGCGAGCUUGCAUAGGUCACAAGACAGUCGGCCACUGUCUUCACUGACGUGCUUUAUGGGUGAAAACAGAAUGCAUUGGAGUUGAGGAGUCUGGUUACUUAGUUAGCGCAACUAGAUGUUGUGGGGUGGUAAAUGGUCUCUCAACGCGAACACGACUCUCUAAUACCAACCGCGGCACUUCAGAUUUUUCUUUCGAGCAAGUCUGGCGUCUACAUUUUCCAGCAAUGAUCCAGUCAUUUUCGUGUAGUGGCCCUGGCGGAGUCGUUUUCGCCGGUCUCAAGGAUGGCAGAGUUGGUUUCUCGACUAUGCGAAGAGAAAAGGAAAACCUACCCCUUGGCACUCUCCUCAGCACCGAAGCUGACUUAGUGCCAGGUUUGCAUCAUAAUGGUAGUGUCUCUGCGCUGGUGGCGGUUGCGGGUAAAAUACAAACAGGAGAAGGAGCAGUAGAAGGAGCUGCAGAGAAGUCGGUUUCAUCGGCAUCGCCUGCUUCAUCACCAGCAUCAGACUCUAGUACAACACCAAAUGUACCUGUACUAGCUGGCUCAUCCGCCUCUUCUUCAUCAUCUUCGAGGAGCGACAAGAUCUAUCUUUAUUCUGGGAACAACAUUGACGGAAAACUUGCCAUUUAUGACUUCGCUGAAAAACGUCUCUUAGCUGAGAUGCUCCUUCCCCUACCUGACGCAGGCAGUGUCGCUCCGGGCUCCUGUGUCCAUUAUGCGACGCAGAUGCGGGUGCAUGGACAGCAUCUUUUCGUCGGCACCAAUUUCGGUAUGGUGGUCGUUUUCAGCGGAGCGGGGACGCCCAGUUUACAGCUGCACUCUAGACUGAUGACAGAGCACGUUCGAGAAGCAAUGCAAACGGUUUUGCACGCAUUGGAUGGCGUAUGGAAAUCGCCAGUCGCUGUCCGGGAUCUAGUCAUAGAACCGGAAGAGGAAGAAGGAGCAGCCGUAGGGGAGUUGGGUGUAGUCGACGAGGUGGAUACAAGUGGCGGGUCAAGGAUAAGUAGUAAAGGGUCCUCCACAGGAAAUCGUCAAGAAGGACAAGAAGAUAUCUUCGUAGGUGCGAGAAUACCUUCUGGAGGCGCUUCAGCGUCUCUAGACAUCGUCGAUGCUUCCGCAUCACCCCAAUCAGAUUAUUCUCACCUUCUCCGCCGUCGUAAUACCCAAGCACUUCGCGUCUUCGUCGCUCUCCGCGAUGGCGUCCAAGUCUGGCGGUUUCCUGAUUGUCGACAGAUAGGCUACCAAUCCAAAUCUAGAGACGCCUUGCCACUGGAGGAUACGCCAGUGCGGUGUUGUGGGUUACGGCGGCAGACGCAAGAGUUGUUCUUGGCUUUUGAGGAUGGCACAAUUGCCAGCUACGAUUUGGAUAGUGGGCAUCAACUAAGCGUCUUUUUGGCCCAUAAAGGAGGAGCGGUCACCUCAUUGAUUAUGGAUGAGGAUACUGAUUCUGAUACUCGUCCAUUUAAGUAGUGGUACUACUGCUCGAUGUCAUCAUUCAAUGUAGAAGUACAGCGUCAUCAACAUCGUGGUGAUCUGUGAUGUACUUCAAAAUGCCCAAAGGGACGAUACUAGUCACUGUUUGUGUGUGGUGCGCACAUCAACAAACUUCUAUCCGCUCUUAAGAAAAACUACCUGAAAUGGUAUAAGUCUUGUGUGCGUCUCGUCUUCUAAUCUCCAGUUCGCCCAGUCCGGCGAUUACAUGCUGACCAGCGGCAAGGAUAAAACAAUGACUAUUUGGCGGUGUCCUUUUGGCGAAACGGCUUUGCUGCGAGAAGCCGUGGAUCUUUCAAGCUUCGGUUGGGAUCAAGACCGAGAUCGGAUCUCUACACCUCUAGGAGUGCGGGAUGAGUACAUUAGUUGUAGUGCUUCUUCGCCGAACACUGACAGGCUGCAAAGCGACAGGCUGCAAGGCUCUCGAGGUCGUAGGGACGUCGCAAGUGCGCCUUUCACGUGAAGGCGGCGAGGGCAGUUGUAUUCAAAAGAAGUAAAAGAUUUAUCUCUUCAAUCUGUCGAUUUCUUAGUACUAGGUUCAAGCCUCAAUGGUUUGUAUCUUCACAGCAUCAGCUUCAUCACAAUUCAAAUACCACUUUCAGCAUUGUAGUUGACGUUUCACUUCCGACAAGAAGAUAUCACUGACUACGGUCACAGAACCCAGUCGUUUGAAAUUUCGUCUCAUAUCGUGAUCGUCCAGAAGAUAGAAUAUUUUUAGAUAGAAGAUAAACAGAUAGACUUGUAAAUCAGGCACUUGUAAAUCAGGGACAUCGACGGACAACUACUUGAAUUUCAUUUAAAGAGAGACUCAAGAGUCAUUAAU